CACGUGACCGCUUCAGCUUCUCUCACUGCUGCAGCAGAUCCUCGCAAACACACACUACAACCGAAAAUCCCCCUUUUAUGAGGCAAGAGGAGUGUCGCUGUGUGAGAGCAGCGUUUUGCGCUUUACUGAGUGGACUUGGGGUCUGUUUGUGGAGCUCGGGGGCUGUUUUUGUCGUGUUUAAUCCUCUGAGGUAAUCUGGGAUUCUUGAGGCGGGAAUGAGAGAGAUGCGCUCGAGCGCUCACUGGACUUUCACUCUGUGAGGAGCAAACAGGUGAAGACAGCAGGAAAAUUCAGUAGAGAUGAGUGGCGAUUCGAGACAGGGGGUUGUGACGACCCCUCCGGCCCCCAGCGUGGGGAAAAGGGAGGGCUACUUCGACCGCAUCAACGAAAACGACCCUGAAUACCUGCGUGCACGCAACAUGUCACCAGAUCUGCGACAAGACUUUAACAUGAUGGAGCAGAAGAAAAGGGUCACGCAGAUACUACAGAGUCCAGCGUUUAGGGAUGAGCUAGAGGGACUGAUCCAAGAACAGAUGAACAAGGGGAACGACCCCACAGGACUGCUCGCUUUGCAGCAGAUCGCAGACUUCUUCAUGGCCAGCUCCGUAGCCGGCUUCUCCACCUCCCCCCUCAGUUUGGGCAUGGUCACCCCAAUAAACGACAUGUUCACCAUGGAGUCCAGUACUAUGGUCAAGGGAGAGAAACAGAUCCGCUGCAAACUGGCCUGCCUCUACAGACUAGUGGACCUGUUCAGUUGGGCCCACUUCACAAGCUGUUACGUUACAGUUCGUGUCAGUAAGGAGCAGGAUCAUAUCCUCAUCAUCCCCAGAGGACUGUCCUUCGCUGAGGCCUCUGCGUCCAAUCUGGUGAAGGUGAAUAUUCUCGGUGACGUGAUCGAUCAGGGCUCCACCAACCUGCAGAUCGACCCGGCUGGCUUCAGCCCUCACGCUGCCAUCUACUCCGUGAGACCUGAUGUGCGCUGCGUCAUUCACAUAAGCACACCGGCCACUGCUGCCGUGUCAUCUAUGAAGUGCGGCCUUCUGCCCAUCUCUCAGGAGGCUCUGAUCCUGGGUGACAUUGCCUAUUACAACUACCAAGGCAGUCUGGACGAGCAAGAGGAGCGCAUAGAGCUGCAGAAAGCCCUCGGACCAUCAGCGAAGGUGUUGGUUUUAAGGAAUCAUGGGGUUGUAGCUCUCGGCGAGACCAUUGAAGAGGCCUUUCACUAUGUUUACAACGCUCAGUUUGCCUGUGAAAUACAGGUGAAUGCACUCUCGUGCGCUGGAGGAGUGGAGAACCUGAUCGUCUUGGAUCUAGAGAAGUACAGAUCUCGGACGCAGGGGGUGGCAGAAGCCGGGGUCAACAUGGGCUCUCAGCACAAGUGGAGGCUGGGAGAGCUGGAGUUCGAGUCGCUCAUGAGAAUGCUGGACAACCUGGGUUACAGGACAGGCUACAUGUACCGGCACCCCAUUGUGCGAGAGAAGCCGCGGCACAAGAGCGAAGUGGAGAUUCCUGCGACAGUGACGGCGUUCAUGUUCGACGACGACGACGCUCCACGCUUCCCUCUGAAGUUACUGCAGCAGCGACAGCAGAGAGAGAAAACACGCUGGCUCAAUUCACCCAACUGCUACAUGAAGGUGAACGUGUCGGACGGGGCGAGCGAGGAGAACGGACGCACUAAAACCAUGUGGAUGAAGUCCGAUGACGGUGGAAACACCAGUGGGACUCCGAUCCGCAUUGAAGAUCCCAACCAGUUUGUUCCUCUGAACACGAACCCCAGUGACGUUCUGGAGAGGAGAAAUAAGAUUCGUGAGCAGAACCGGUUUGACAUGAUGACAGCAGGGCCGCAGUCACAGCGCCUGGCAGGGAUUGUGGUGGAAAGACCGCCGCCGUACAUGGGCGAUAACGAGGAGCAGACGGGACCACUUCCUCCAAACCCCUUCAGCGAGCUGAGCGAGAAAGUGCUACAGGACUACCAGAAACGAGCAGAAUGGCAGCAGCUCGGAGUAGACGAUGAAGAGCAGCUCACGUCAGACGACGCUUCCACACUCUCUCAGUCAGUGUCUCCACAAAACACUCCCGCUAAAGAAGGUAUAGCACACUCAAAGAGCCAGCUGUCUCACCUCACUCAACCUCAACUGUGACCUCUGUGUGUGUGUGUGUGUGUGUGUGUGUGUGUGUGUGUGAUGCAGAUCCAAACUGCAGUAUGUUAACAUAUCAUGUCAAUAUUAGCUGCAAAUGUUUACCAGGGUUGCUAGGUA